CUGAAUCCUGUGGUUUCAAAUCAUCGCUCAUUGCCGAGCAGGCUCUCGGAGUUGGUUCAUCGCGUCUCUCUUUCUCUCUCUACAUUUCCCUCUCUCUAUUUGUUUUCUAUAUCUGGUGGCUUAUUUCUUCAUCAAAAUCAUUAAGUUUUUGUUGGGUCGGAAAAGGUGAUGAUGAGCAACGAAGAAGAGAAGAGGUGCCCGCUUUGUGCAGAGGAGAUGGACUGGACAGAUCAGCAGUUCAAGCCUUGCAAAUGCGGUUACCAAGUUUGUGUUUGGUGUUGGCAUCAUAUAAUAGACAUGGCAGAGAAAGAUGGGAUGGAGGGCAGAUGUCCUGCAUGUCGAGCAAUCUAUGAAAAGGAUAAAGUUGUGGCAAUGCAAGCAAAUUGUGAAAGGACUUCAAAGAAAAGUUCUAAUAGGAAAACCAAACCCCCGAAGGCCAAGCCCAAGACUGAUGAAGUAAAGAAGGAUCUUUCAAAUGUUAGAGUGAUUCAGCGAAAAAUGGCAUAUGUGAUUGGGCUACCUCUUACUCUAGCUGAUGAAGAUUUAUUACUCCGGAAGGAGUAUUUUGGUCAGUAUGGAAAAGUGACCAAGGUCUCUCUCUCACGGACAGCUGGUGGAGCCAUUCAACAGUUCAUUAAUGACACUUGCAGCGUAUAUUUAAAGGUCAACCAGAAAAGGAUUACCUUUGGAUCUCAUUUUGUCUUGGACUCUGCAUCAGGAGCUAUUUUAGACAAAAUUGUGCCAGAAAAGGAAUUUAUUGUUUG